UUUCACCUCGAUCACGUGUCUGGUACACUAUCGUCGAAUGACGUCAUCGAUCGUGACGUCAUUUGUCCGGGGGAGGUGAGGUGCGAGUUGGAUCUAAAAAUAGCCACACACCCGCCCGAGUAUUUUACCAUACUCAAUAUAAACAUCUUAGACAUCAACGACAAUUCACCGAAAUUCCCGCUCCCUACAUAUCACGUUACCGUACCAGAAGAUGCCGCAAUCGGCGAUCUCUUUCCGCUUCCUCUGGCUACAGACGCCGACAGUCCGGCUAACGGUAUAUUCGAAUACCGACUCAUCAACUCAACGACGCAUUUUCACUUGAAAACUAUCGAAGAAACAGAGAUGGGAGUAACAAAUCGCUUGCCGUUCUUGAUGUUGAAACAAGAACUCGAUCGAGAAGUUACAGAUCGGUAUGUGUUGACACUGGCCUGUUACGAUUCCGGCGGUUCGAAUGGUCGGCACGUCGGUAACACGAGUAUCGUUGUAGACGUCGGUGAUGUUAACGAUAAUAAUCCGGUAUUCGAAAGUGAGCGAUACUCGGUACAAAUACCGGAAGACACACCCGAGGGUACCGUGGUCAUAAAGGUGAAGGCCGUUGAUCUGGAUGAGGGACUGAACGGAAGAGUGAGGUACAAACUGAGCCCCAAAAGUCAAGAAUCAUACGGAGAUACAUGGGCGGUUGAUGAAGAGCGGGGGGAUGUGGUACUCCUGCAAGCCCUGGAACAUUUUCGCAGCCCUAAUUACGAAAUAUACAUCAUGGCCUAUGAUAGAUCUGAAAGUCCAUCGCCAGUAAUGACCACGUUGUCCAUAAUCGUCGAUGACGUCAACAAUAACGCCCCACAGGUCACAUUCGAUUUUUUCACCGACCACAAACGCCUCGAGAUUCUCGAGAACCAAUCAGCUGGCAUCUUUGUAGGUCACGUUUCCGUAUCUGACCUAGAUUCAGGAACCAAUGGCAGAGUAGUAUGUCAACUUUUUGGUGACGAAUUGACGAUGAGAACGCCAAAUAAUGCUGAAAAUAAUAAUAAUCUAGCGCUUGAUUAUGUAGGAAAUAGUUUUAGUAAUGGCAAUAGCGAUGAAGAUGAUGACUGUUGCCACGACCUGGGUACGCCUAGACUCUCAACCAACCAAUCAUUCACUCUCUACGUAACCGACGCCAACGACAAUGCUCCGAUAUUCGAUCAACUAUCGUAUGAGGAGGACAUCUCUGAAUCUGCAGCAGCUGAUACUUUCGUCUUGAAAGUUUCAGCCACCGAUGUAGAUUUUGGUCCCAACGCAGAGAUAUUUUAUUCCAUUGUUUCCAAUUCAAAGGAUUCAGGCAGAACGAAUAUCGGGUACGACGAUGCCAAUGAUGUCUUCAAACUCGAACCGAGUACCGGUGUCAUUACUGUCCGCGAAUCUCUGGAUAGAGAGAAAGUUGAUAACUACCGAUUCCAAGUGAUGGCUAGCAACAACAACAGCCUGACGUCAAAAGCCUGGGUGACCAUCCGAAUAACCGAUGUAGAUGAUAACGGUCCAAAAUUCGUUUUGAGAAAUUUUUCUUUCCAGGUUGAAGAGAACCAGCCGCUACAUACACAAAUCGGUAUCGUCAGAGCCGUCGAUAACGAUUCUUUAAUGUUCGGCUCGUUUAAUUACCGACUUCAAUCGAUGUACAACAACGGAGACGAACCUCCAUUUCGGAUCGACCAACAAACCGGAGCAAUAACAACAAAACGCAUCCUAGACAGAGAGGUGAAAGAGUUUUACGAAUUAAGAGUCGAAGCGAUCAGUCGGACCGGAAACCGACUCAACGAUUCGGCGAAUGUUUUCAUUCGAGUUCUUGAUCGAAACGACAACAAACCGAUUUUUAUUCAGCCAAGUAAUCACGAAGAACGAAUAUUCGUCCCUCUCACUCACCCGCUCGGAGCGGAAGUCACUGCUCUGACGGCUAGCGACGCCGACAUUGGCGACAACGCCGAUUUAACUUUCGACGUCACUUCCGCCGGAAAUGCUUCCGAAUAUUUUCGGUUGGAUCGGAAGUCCGGAAGUAUUCAGUUGAGUAGGGCGUUCCAGGUUCAGGAUCUGAAUAGAAGUUUUUCUCUUGUUGUGAGGGUGAGAGAUGGAGGAGGUUAUGGAAAGAGUAUGGAGAAUUUCGCUGUCCUGCAUUUUACCGUUGUCGACGCUAAUUAUCAUCGUUAG